AUGCUCCCCUCUGUCGAGCGUCACGCCCACGAGUGCGUCCAGCAACUCUUUCAGUUCAUCGAUGCACAAGGCCAGGGCGACUACCUAGGCGAGAAAGUCUCACAACUACAGCACUCCUUGCAGACCGCCCAACGCGCCGUCGAUGCUGGCGCGGACGACGACACAAUUCUGGGCGCACUCCUGCACGAUGUCGGCCGCUUCAUCCCCGAGGCGGAGAGAAUGCCCAAGAUGAUCGCUGCCAACGGCAUCUACUAUGGCCGUCAAAGCCACGAGAUCCUUGGCGAAAGGUAUUUGCGUGGCCUGGGCUUCAGCGAGACUAUUUGCCAGCUCGUUGGCGCCCAUGUUAUGGCGAAGAGAUACCUCACGGCCGUUGAUAAGACCUACUACGAUGGCCUUAGCGCGUCGAGCAAGCUUACUCUCAAAUAUCAGGGCGGAACGUUCAAUGAAGAGCAAGUCCGUGACGCGCAGAAGGAUCCGCUUCUCGAAGCCAAGCUAGCGGUGCGAAGGUGGGAUGACAUGGCCAAGUUGCCAAACAUGGACACCUUGCCGCUUCAUUACUACGAACGCAUGGCGGUGAAAAGCCUGCUCAAAUCCCGAUCUGUCAUUGAACUCCAUGGAAGACAAUACAAGCUCCCGGAACGACCAACUGUGGCCAUUUGCAUCGACGGCUUCGACCCGGAGUACCUUGACCAGGGGAUCGCCGACGGCAUCAUUCCCAACAUGGCCUCGUUUGUCAAGUCAGGUUUCUCGACCAUCGCAAAUUGCGCUAUGCCAUCAUUCACCAACCCGAACAAUUGCUCUAUCAUCACCGGUGCGCCGACGGCCAAGCACGGCAUUGCUGGAAAUUUCUUCCUCGACCGGGACACUCGCGAAGAACACAUGGUCCUCGACGACUCUUUGUUGCGCGGGUCCACCAUUCUGGAACAAAUGUCCAAUCGUGGUGUCCGUGUCGCAGCUAUUACCGCCAAGGAUAAGUUACGAGCUCUUAUCAACCACGGUCUCAACUUCGAACGUGGUGAUGUUUCCUUUUCGGCACAAUAUGCCGACAAGUGCACCGUCGAAGCGAACGGCAAGGCUGAUGUUGUCAAGUGGCUCGGCCGGCCUGCACCUGAUCAAUAUUCCGGAGAGUUGUCCUUGUUUGCCCUGGAAGCCGGAGUCAAGCUUCUCGAAGAAGGAAAUGCCGACUUGUUUUAUUUGACCUUGUCGGACUAUAUACAGCACAAGUACGCCCCCGGCAGCAAAGAAGCGAACGACUUCUUGGCGGCCAUUGAUCGAUGCAUUGGCCGACUUGUAGAAUUGGAUGCAGUGGUCGCUGUCACGGGAGACCACGGAAUGAGCGAUAAAUGCCACGAGGACGGCACUCCCAAUGUCCUUUUCCUAGAAGAGGAGCUCAACCAGAAGUAUGGCAAAGACUUUUCAAGGGUCAUUUGUCCCAUCACGGACCCUUUCGUCCGACAUCAUGGCGCCCUCGGAUCAUUUGUACGAGUAUACCUGGAUGAGAAGAGAGGCGUCCCGGUUCAGGAGGUCCUGGAAUACAUUCGCAGCUUCUCCCAAGUCCAGCUAGCUUUGGAAGGCGAGGCAGCAGCUGAGAAAUUCGAAAUGCCCCUUGACCGUGAAGGAGACGUUGUCGUUAUCUCGGAAAAGAAUGCUGUCAUUGGAAGUCGACCGGAGGAGCAUCCCUUUGACAAUUUGAAGGGCCAUCGACUUCGCUCGCAUGGCGGUCUUUCUGAACAACAAAUCCCUCUCCUAAGAUCCCUGCCGAUCAAGGAGCCAGCUGGUGACCGACAGUGGAGGAACUAUGACAUUUUCGAUGUCGCCCUCAACUACUAA